ACAAUAGUGGGAUCAAUAUUCUGUUAUUUUUAUUAAUAAAAGGUAAUUUUAAUUCUAAGUUGAUAUUUAGUAAAGUGUUGACAUUUUUAUUUCAUCAUGAGUUUUAAUUUUCUCGUUAAUUUAAUUUUAAUUUGUAUGUUAAUUUUAAUAAUACUAGAUAAUUUAGAGGCAACAAAAUGUUCAUGGCCAAGCUUAUUUAAGGAAAAUAAUUCGGAGAUGUUGUUCUGCGAGUUUACUUACAACGCAGAAUUCAUAAAAUUACUACCUAAGCUAAAUACAAUGGAUAACAAGAAGUUUAGUUACAGUAGAGAUGAUAUCAACAAGUUAACUACACGAUACAGACAUUACAGAAAAGAAACCAUAACAGGAUACAAAAAAAAAUUACAAAGCGUUCAGUGUACAAUUGGAGUGAUUGUUAAAUAUCUGUUAGAUCAUUAUAAAAAAUUUAGAGUAGAAUUGAAAAACGGAACAAUAACUGUGAAAGAUAUUCUCGAGUUAAACAAUCGACAUUUGAAACAAAUUUCUAACAUGCUAUCAGUUUUUUAUCAAGCAAAAACUGCACCACAUCCUUGGCUAUGGUGGUUUUAUAGUAAACUUUAUGCACUCAAACUCAAUUCGAAUUUAAUUGAAAAUGACUAUUUCGAUGAUGAAAUUUUAAGAAUAGAAAUAUUAAAUUUUUUAAAAACAUGCGAAGCAAACCAUUAUUUACCCAAGACUUUAGCUGAUAACUCUUUCCACAUAAAAGUUCAGAAAAAUGUAAUGGUUCUAACGAAUGAGAUGAUAGGUCCUCUAUUCGAAAAUAAAGCAAUAUCAACAGAUUUUAAUGACAGAAACAAGUUUGUUUUAGAAGAUUUGUUACUGAUAUUGAAAAAUCCGGAAAACUUUCUGUUUGGCUCUAUUAUUGACCUUAAUAUCAUUUGGGGCGGAACUUCGUUAAAAUUAGAAGAAGCCAAGUUAUCUUGUAUUAAAUAUUUAAAAAAUCGAAAUUGGGUCAAUGAGCCAUUUGUUUGCAAUGAUUACCAUGAUUUAAUAGCAUUAAUACUACAGGUAAGAUUAUUGAGUUAUGCUUGGAAAUAUUUAUACAUCUAUCGCACGAUAAUUAAGUCCAUUGUGAAAUUACCAGAUAACGAAAUAAAUGCGGAGAUGAUGCAAAUAACCAUUGCCUCUGAAGAGUUUUAUUUAGCGUACAUGGAAGCUAUUGAUUAUAUUGAUCCAAAAGAUAAGAUAUUUUGGAGGUUUGCUUAUUUUUUACAAAAAAAACUUCAAACUGAUGAAAUAAUACUAGAUGCAAUAAUAAAGAGUACUUUAAAUGAAAUGAUUUCAAGACUAAUAUCUUUAAGUGUUAACAAUGUACUUGAUAAUAUGAAAAGAUCCUCAAUUUUGAACAAUAAGGAAGAACUUACCACUAAAAUGAUAAGGAAAAAUACAUUUGCGUUGAAAAAUGAAAUAUUUAAAAUCAAACAAGAGAUUACACCUUGGAAAAUGUUUUUUAUUAAUUUUUAUCGGAAAGGAAAUAUUUCGUUUCAUCACUCAUUUUACUAUAACGAACAAAUGUCUGAUAGUGAAUUUGGCUGGUCAACAAUAAAUUUUAAUAAUAUACUUAAGCUAAUUUGGUAGUUAACAAAAAAGUAUAUGAGAUACACAUUUUCAUUUAAUCACAUUGAAAUAAAUAUUGAUAGAUUUAAUAAAAUAUAUUAAAUUUAUUUAA